UUUGGCUUAUAUAUACAAACACAAAUACAUAUGUCGUAGGGACUUUCGAUUGUAUUUCACACAAUUUUCGUACUCAACAAAAAUACAAACAAUACAAAAAAAACAGUUAACAAUACUUGAGCCAAUAUGCAUACGACCAAGAUAGAGGAGGGCGAUGACAGGGAGGAUAUGGAGCUCAACCAAGUCUGGCGGGCCUGUCGUAAAAUUCAAGGUGCUAUUUUUCGUUAUAACUUUGACAUCUGUGCCGAUUUGAAACAGCAGGAUCCGGGAUGCAGCGGCUUCGUAUCGGAGCCCAUCUUCACGGCUGUGCUGGGCAAGUAUCGCAAGGUGGCCGGCAUGUCCGAAACCGAGCUGAGGGACGUCACCGACUACUUCCAAAUCCGCGACGGGCGCGUGGCCUAUCGCCAGUUCUGCAAGGUUGUCUGCAGCGAAACCCUGCACAAGAGCGCCAAGACGGACCUGGCCACUGGCCUGGAGUGGAACGAUCCCUGGCAUGUGAAUGUCAUUCCCCAGCCGGAGGAUCGACGCAGGCUCUGUCUGAUUUUGCUUAAGAUUGCUCAGGAGGCGAACAUACCAUUGAUGCCGUACUUUCAGGACUAUGAACUGAUUGCUCAAAAUGUGGGCGUGGUCACGGUGUCGCACUUCUCGCGGGUGCUGCACUUCAUGAAGAUACCGCUGUCGGAGGCGGACUUUCUGCUGCUGCUGAGGCGCUAUAUGAAAGACGGCUAUUUGGUUAAUUACGUGGCGUUCCUCAAGCACAUCGAUAACAUAAUUGCCUACCUGAAGGACCACCGUCUGCUGGACAACUCUCAGGAUAUCAUUAAGGACUUCCCAGGUCGCCUAGUGGACCUGGAGCUCUCCCAGCUGCCGGCAAUCAAUGGCUGCAAGCUGGUGCACCCUAUCUUUCCGGAUGCGUGCAAUCAUCCGAAGAAGAAUCGCAGCCAAUGCGACAUCAUUUUCUGCAUACAGAACUACGUCUACAAGAACCAGGUGCGCACCUCCGAGUUCCUGGAGAGUUUCGACGCCUUGAACAUCGGCAGCAUCACCAAAAACCAGUUCGAGCGCGGCCUGUCCACCAUGGGAGUGGGCAAGUACCUGUCCCAGCGCGAGAUGGCUGUUCUGGUGGAUCGCUAUCUGGAUCCAAUGGACAUCAACCGCGUACGUUGGCGCAAUUUUGUGGAUGAGAUCGACACGGUCUUCACCAUCAAGAACCUAGACAAGAUGCCGCAGUGCGUGGUCGAGUCGCCGCUGCGCCACAUCCAAGAGCUGCCCAGACCCGGCGCCGUGGACUGGCAGUCGGCCCCGCAGAGCAUGCGUGAAGUGUGCGAGGAGGCAAUGGCAAAGAUACGCAUCCGUAUCCGCAACCGUCGCCUAUACCUGCACCCCUUCUUCCGCAGCUAUGACAAACUCAAUAGUGGCCAUGUGCGCUGCAACCAGACCAAUCAGAUCUUCCGCACCAAUGGCAUACUCCUGUCCAAUCAGGAGCUCGAUGCUGUGCUGCAUCGCUAUGGCAAUGAGCUCGGCUUUCAUUACACCAAGUUCCUGGACGACGUGGAUCCAGCCGAGUACGCCAUGCCCAGCAUGGUGACCAAGCAGCAGCUUCAGGAUUGUCCGCCAUUCGCCCGGGACAAUCUGGAACCGGAGGAGGCCAGCGAGGAGACCAUUAUUCGCAUCCUGACCAGUGCCAAGCGUCAGGCCCUGACCAAGGGACUGGCCAUCAUCGAUUUCAUGACCGACUACGACCGUCACCGCGAGGGCGAGAUUCUGGAGUCUGACUUUAAGCGGUCCCUGGACAACUCAGGCGUCAUCCUGACUGAGGAAGAGGCCACAAUUCUUUGCAACAUCUUCCGUUCUCCCCGGCGCAUGGCGUGCGUGCGCUACCGGGACUUCUGCAAGGCCCUGGACGAGAUCUUCAUACAACUCGAAUCGAGUCUUGGCGACAAGGUGGUCACAGCUGUUCCUCUACUGCACCUGCCCAACUUGGACUGCGUCGAUUGCUUCCUCAGCUUCGACGAGCGGACCAUUUGUUCGCAGGCCCUCAUGAAGCUCGCUCGCAAACCCGACGAGAUUUCGAACUUGAGCCAGGUCUUCAAGGACUUUGACCGCGAGAACUGUGGCUCCAUCUCCCAGAACCAGUUCCUGCGCGGCCUCACCGUCCGCGAGAUGCACCAGAUGCUGAGCAGCCGCGAAUUCGAGGCCAUCUGCAAGUGCUUCGGGAUGCAGCGUGGCCUCUGCCUCGAGUUCAACUACCGCGAAUUCCUUAAAAUUCUGGACGUGCUCUUCACCACCGGCCAGGUGAAGCGAAACUAUUAGAGAUCAUUCUGCCUGAUGUUCCAAAUUCUCAGUGUGUGAUCGUUUUUGAUUGUGCAAAAUUAUGAUUGUUACGAGUGUUAUAAAUAUAAGAAAACGCAGCAAAGUAAAGUUUACUUUUCUUUAAUUAAUGUAAUUCGCUUGAAAACCGCCCCCUCUCUCAACCCUCGGUUAUGACAGAAGAGAAUAACGUUUUUGUUUAUAUUUUUAGGGGGGAAAAACUAUAUUUAUACAAUUUUCAAAUUCUUCUUAACCUAAGCUGAAUCUGUUCCGAAAAUGCUACCCUACCCCAAGUCUGUGGCCCGUCUCAUCUGUGCGAUUUCGCAAUGCCGCGCAUCCCUCUACUUCUACAUUUACGGACGUUUCUUUCACACGAUCUAAUAUGGUUUGUAAAUAUAGUAGUUUAAGUAUGUAUACAUAUAUAGAGAAUUCUCUCAACAAGUAUUCCGGCAUCUAUUAUACAGUUCUGUGUGUACCACGCAUAUGUGCAUAUGCACGUGUUUUUGUUUAUGUUUUUGUUUGUGGCUAGCAAAUAAACUCGAGUUUGAUUUUUAAUAAAAUAGUAUCUGCUCUGCCCCACCAAGGAGUAUAUAAAUAUAGAUAUACAAGUAGUCUAUAUGCUAAUGCACAUACCCAAGAAACAGAAGUAAACAGAAGUAUGUUUGCUGCUUGAAAAUCGUUUGUUAUCGCGUUCUUUGUGUUUUGGUGGAUCUGUUGGUUGUCGUAGUUUAUGUAGUUCCUUAAUUUAUAAUUCAUUCAGGAUGCUACCACC